CACAAUCGGAUGCAUCAUUUGUUAUUAUAUGGAUGUUACCAUUUUCCCUCGUGCGCACUUGUUGAGCGGCACGUUUGCGAUACGAAAAUAUACAUGCUCGCACACUCUCUGACGAGUUUCUUAAAGAUACAUUAUCACAUCAUACGAGGUAAAAAGGCAGAGGCGGUUUAUUAAAUCGGUAUAUUCUCAAAGACGUCGCCGAGGGACGAACCGCUCUACGCAAUGACUUCGUCCAUGAAAAUUAUACUUCCACUUCUAUCACUUGGAAUCGUACUGUUACUCACAGCGACUCACUACUCGUCGAGCAGUCCCGAGUACACUGAUAACAUCGAAGGCCUCAUUGAUCCUCAUCGGCAAGUGUCUCGCUAUAGUCGAGCAGUUAAGCCCAUCGUGCAGUACUGCCGACUGAAUCACUUCUACGACGAGGAGAAAGGACGAUGCCUGAGCGUGCCCGGGGGCGGCAGGAUACUUCACGUCGAGAAGGGCCGCUCGUGCGGCAUCAACAUUCUGAAAUCACACUGCACCAGCUCCUUGUAUUACCACAUUUGCACGCGUGACAGGUCUAUCCUGGCGCAAUGUGGAAGCGGGCAGAUCUUCGACAGCCGUCGUCAGCGAUGCUUUACGAGUAGACAGACUCAACCGGAUGAUCACGAGCAUUACGAUCAGAAUAGCGUGCCGGACUGCGCGAAACCCGGCCGGUUCUCCGUGCCCAACCAUUGCUCCGUCUUCUACACGUGCAACACGAACGGCCGUCAGCUCUACCGAAGCGUCUACAAGUGUCCGCGGAACACGGGGUACUACGCGGACAGAGGCACCUGCGCUGCCAUGCCCGGCUGCGAAAACGACGAUUCGGUAGAUUACGCAGUCUGCGUUCCAGGCUCGCCGGACGAGAACCUAGAGUCUCAGAAUUCUGACAAAGAAGACGCUGCAGAAGGAGACGUUGAGGAAACCGCUGAAACGUCCAAAGAGCACGACACCACGAAUGUAAAUGAUGAGGUAGUAGAGGCUAUCGAGGAAUUUGAAGAGAAGAGAAAUGCCAGUCCCAAGAUCGACGAUUACCCUGCCUCUGCGACUCCUGACAGUGCAACGGAUAAUCUGCAACCAGUGGAUAAUAAAGAAGCUAAUGAUGAUGAUAUUGAUAAUACAUCUACGCAGCCUAUCGAGGAACCUAAACUCGAAGAGAAGAGGAAUAUUGAUCCCGAGAUCGAUGGUUACCCUGUCUCUACGACUCCUGACAGUGUAAUGGAUAAUCCACGAGUGGAUAAUGAAGAGAAAAACGAUGAUAACAUAGACAAUAUAUCUACGCAGCCUAUCAGGAAACCUGAACUUGAAGAGAAGAAGAAUGCCAGUCCCGAAAUUGACGAUUAUCCUGUUUCUACGACUCCUGGUAGUGCAAUGGAUAAUCUGCAACCAGUAGAUAAUAAAGAGGCUAAUGAUGAUAUAGACAACACAUCUACGCAGCCUAUUGAAGAAUCUAAACUCGAAGAGAAGAGGAAUAUCAAUCCCGAGAUCGAUGGUUACCCUGUCUCUACGACUCCUGGCAGUGCAAUGGAUAAUCUGCAACCAGAGGAUAAUAAAGAGAAUAAUGAUGAUAUUGAUAAUACAUCUACGCAGCCUAUCGAGGAACCUAAACUCGAAGAGAAGAAGAAUACCAGUCCCGAAAUUGACAAUUAUUCUAUUUCUACGACUCCUAGCAGUGCAAUGGAUGAUCUGCAACCAGUGAAUAAUAAAGAGGCUAAUGAUGAUGAUAUAGACAACACAUCUACGCAGCCUAUUGAAGAAUCUAAACUCGAAGAGAAGAGGAAUAUCAAUCCCGAGAUCGAUGGUUACCUUGUCUCUACGACUCCUGACAGUGUAAUGGAUAAUCCACGAGUGGAUAAUGAAGAGAAAAACGAUGAUAACAUGGACAAUAUAUCUACACAGCCUAUCAGGGAACCUGAACUUGAAGAGAAGAAGAAUACCAGUCCCGAAAUUGACGAUUAUCUUGUUUCUACGACUCCUGGUAGUGCAAUGGAUAAUCUGCAACCAGAGGAUAAUAAAGAGAAUAAUGAUGAUAUUGAUAAUACAUCUACGCAGCCUAUUGAAGAAUCUAAACUCGAAAAGAAGAGGAAUAUCAAUCCCGAGAUCGAUGGUUACCCUGUCUCUACGACUCCUGACAGUGUAAUGGAUAAUCCACGAGUGGAUAAUGAAGAGAAAAACGAUGAUAACAUGGACAAUAUAUCUACGCAGCCUAUCGAAGAAUCUAAACUCGAAGAGAAGAAGAAUACCAGUCCCGAAAUUGACGAUUAUCCUAUCUCUACGACUCCUGGCAGUGCAAUGGAUAAUCUGCAACCAGAGGAUAAUAAAGAGAAUAAUGAUGAUAUUGAUAAUACAUCUACGCAGCCUAUCGAGGAACCUAAACUCGAAGAGAAGAGGAAUAUUGAUCCCAAGAUCGAUGGUUAUCCUGUCUCUACAACUCCUGGCAGUGCAACGGAUAAUCUGCAAGCAGUAGAUAAUAAAGAGGCUAAUGAUGAUGAUAUAGACAACACAUCUACGCAGCCUAUCGAGGAACCUAAACUCGAAGAGAAGAAGAAUACCAGUCCCGAAAUUGACAAUUAUUCUAUUUCUACGACUCCUAGCAGUGCAAUGGAUGAUCUGCAACCAGUGAAUAAUAAAGAAGAUAAUGAUGAUAUUGACAACACAUCUACGCAGCCUAUUGAAGAAUCUAAACUUGAAGAGAAGAGGAAUAUCAAUCCCGAGAUCGAUGGUUAUCCUGUCUCUACGACUCCUGACAGUGUAAUGGAUAAUCCACGAGUGGAUAAUGAAGAGAAAAACGAUGAUAACAUGGACAAUAUAUCUACGCAGCCUAUCAGGGAACCUGAACUUGAAGAGAAGAAGAAUGCCAGUCCCGAAAUUGACGAUUAUCCUGUUUCUACGACUCCUAGCAGUGCAAUGGAUGAUCUGCAACCAGAGGAUAAUGAUGAUAUUGAUAAUACAUCUACGCAGCCUAUCGAGGAACCUAAACUCGAAGAGAAGAGGAAUAUUGAUCCCAAGAUCGAUGGUUAUCCUGUCUCUACAACUCCUGGCAGUGCAACGGAUAAUCUGCAAGCAGUAGAUAAUAAAGAGGCUAAUGAUGAUGAUAUAGACAACACAUCUACGCAGCCUAUCGAGGAACCUAAACUCGAAGAGAAGAAGAAUACCAGUCCCGAAAUUGACAAUUAUUCUAUUUCUACGACUCCUAGCAGUGCAAUGGAUGAUCUGCAACCAGUGGAUAAUAAAGAAGAUAAUGAUGAUAUUGACAACACAUCUACGCAGCCUAUCGAGGAACCUAAACUUGAAGAGAAGAGGAAUAUCGAUCCCGAGAUCGAUGGUUACCCUGUCUCUACGACUCCUGACAGUAUAAUGGAUAAUCCACGAUCAGUGGAUAAUGAAGAGAAUAACGAUGAUAACGUGGACAACACGUCUACGCAGCCAAUCGAAGAUGCUUCAAUGCCUGAGAGCACAGAACCCUUGUACAAAUCGUACACACCGGCCAACAAACCAGAUGAAUCCUCGAUAUCACCAGAAAGUACCAUUUCUUCUUCAUUAGACUCUCCACAUAAAGUCGAUCCGAUCGUGGAAAACUCACCUAGAACCGUUAAUGAUGAGCAAGAGGAGAGUGCAACAUCGCACGAUGUAACUAGCGACGUUUCGAUCGAUUCUGAUCAAUCGUAUACCACUGAUCCGAGCUUUGUAUCGCAGAUAGAUAACGCAUCACAGUUUGACUCCGCUACUGAAGCAAUUGCGCACGGCACGGCAAAUCCUUCCCUGGAGAUCUCAGAAGCUACACAAUCGCCGUUACCAAUCGAGGAUGUUUCAGUUCCUGGCGAUGCCGACAAAAUGUCGACCAUUGCAGCCGAAGAAUCCGACUGAAAUUACAGAAGAAGCGCAAGAAAAAAAAAGAUAAGUCACCGACGUGGAUCAACGACACGACUGCACAAUGACGCAUCGCAUUCCGUCAUGUCAGCUAUUUCGACGACCAGUCUCUCUACUCGGCCACUUUGACCUCGAAAUACGUGACCGCGACAGCAGUCACAAUGCAAAAUUUACCAGCUACUUCAGACACGGAUUUGAUUACAUAAAGUAAAGAAAAUAUUGUAAAAAAAAUACUACGAAA